UCCUGGGUGUUGAAAACAAAUCCAGGCAGCAUGUCGACGGAAAGGGAGUAUGAGGUCAUAGUGAUCGGGGCCGGGGUGCAGGGCUCUUUCACGGCCUAUCAGCUGGCAAAGAGGAACAAGAAGACUCUUCUGCUGGAGCAGUUUGUACUGCCCCAUAGCCGAGGUAGCUCCCAUGGCCAGACCCGCAUAAUCCGCAAGGCCUACGAGCAAGACUUCUACAUCCACAUGAUGGAGGAGUGCUACGAGCUUUGGGCCCAGCUGGAGAUGGAGACGGGUGUCAAACUGUACAGACAAACAGGACUCCUGGUGAUGGGACCAGAAAGCAGUCAGAGUUACCUUGCAAUUAAGAACACCCUGCAGAGGAACAAAGUUCCUAUGGUGAUCCUGAACCGGGACAACUUCAGCCAGCAUAUCCCCCAUGUCAACCUGGCUGAGGGAGACGGAGCUGUGGUGGACAUCACUGCUGGAGUUUUGUAUGCUGACCGUGCACUCAAGACUGUCCAGGGGCAGUUUCAGAAGUUGGGUGGGGUCAUAAGAGACAAAGAGAAGGUAAUAGACAUCAAGCCUGGCCCUGUUGUGACCGUGUCAACCUCUGCUGGUGUUUAUCGAGCCAAGAGUGUGGUGAUCACCACUGGACCCUGGGCUAACAGACUGCUGGCCCACAUUGGCUUACAGUUGCCACUUGAGGUGGUGAAGACCAAUGUGUGCUACUGGAGAGAGAAGGUUCCUGGUUCAUACAAUGUGAAGCAGCGCUUUCCUUGCUUCAUGCAGACUGAGGGCGAGGAGUCCAAAGAGCAAAUUUACGGCCUCCCAUCCAACGAGUACCCAGGCCUGGUGAAGAUAUGCUACCAUGCGGGUGCUGAGACAGACCCAGACCAGAGGGACAGACAGACUGACCGGUCUGAUAUUGACAUCCUCCAGCGUUACAUUGCCCGCUGUUUACCUGGCCUAGUCCCAGAACCCGCUGUGGUGGAGAGCUGCAUGUAUACGCUAACGCCUGACCAUCAUUUUGUGCUGGACUGCCACCCCGUCUACCGCAACAUUGUGUUUGGAGCAGGAUUCUCAGGUCACGGCUUCAAGUUUGGACCAAUCAUUGGCAAGCUGCUUUGUGAACUCAGCCUGGGAGAUGUGCCCUCCUAUGACCUUUCACCUUUCCAAAUCAGUCGCUUCCAGGCAAAGACCAAAUCAGCUUUAUAGAUCUGGGAGUGGGUACUCACUUCCAUUAGACUUAUCUAAUUGUAACUACAUGAUUUGAGAUCGUCUUGGUCCUUUACAUGGGCUGAAAUAAAUGCCACCAGAAACUGAAUUUGAAUCAUUUAUAUUUGAAUGAUAUAUAUUCAAAUUUUAAGUCUUUUUCGGCCAGAAGGGUGCAGUUCCACCGUUAACCGCUAAACCCAUGGUUUCUUUAAGACAUAUCGCUGUUCCUUGGGGCUUGGGAAAGGCAAGCAUUUCUUCCUCGUUUCAUACUGUGCUCCAAAACGUAGGGGCUGAUUGGCCGAGGAGGAGUCCUGUGGAUCUGCGCCACUGAACUCUUUCUAUCGAUCUGCGCUCAAUUGCUCAAUUCAUCCUUCAACUACCCUGAUGUUUGUCACAGUAACUUGAAAUUGAAUUGUGAGAACUGAAUGUGAAUUGUGAGAAC